UGUUCUCACUAGCCAGCCUCGUACUUGGUGGUGUGGGAAAGCCUUCUUUAUUCAAAACAAAGGAACGAAGUCGUUUCGAAUAUAAUUGGAACUACGUCGUUUUAUUUAUCUUCUUGCCCAAAAAAAAAAGAUUCCUCUUGUUCUGAUUGCUCCUCUCCGGAAUUGAAACAUUCGCUUUUGUUCGUCGAUCUCUGUUUCAAAAGAAACCAUUGCACUGAUCUUAUUUUAUCUCAACCUUUGGGACAUGGACGAGGUAGUAGUACAAGUGGAGAAGACGAAGAGAGAAUGGGACGACGCCUACGAGAAGACCAUCGAACAUAUCCUUGCGAUUCAAGAGUACGGUAAAUCAAGGAGAGGAGGCGAGGAGAAGAUUUCUCUGCAGAGGCUCAACGGGUUGGCUCAGGAUGGUCUUUCUCUUCUCAAUUCUCUGCAGUUCAAUCUCGAUCUUCUCGCCCCUCAGCUCCCUUCUGAUGACCAGGUCCAAUCCACUCAGUCUCUGCUUGAAACCUGGAAGAAUCAGUAUCAAAGUUUGAGGGUUAACCUGAGAAGUGCUAAUUUGAAAGCAAAGGAUAACAUGAGGAAAGCUGCUCAACAAGAGAGAGAGCUUCUCCUCGGUGGUGGAACAGAGUCCACUGAUCUCAGACGUAAACGACAAGCAAAUGCUGGAGUGACGUCGGAUGCUGAAAGCAUUACUGAAAGUCUCAGGCGUUCACGCCAGCUGAUGGUUCAGGAAGUGGAGAGAAGUACAAACACACUCGUGGCUUUCGAUGAGUCUACUGGAGUACUUAAGAAAGCCGAAAGUGAAUACAAAGGACACAGGUCUCUGUUAUCGAGGACCCGUAAUCUACUUUCUACAAUGCAGCGUCAAGACGUAAUUGACAGGGUAAUCCUCAUAAUUGGAUUUUCUCUCUUCGUCUGCGCUGUUCUUUACGUUGUUUCAAAGCGGAUUGGAAUCCUGAAACUACAGCAGAUGGCUACGGCUGCCAUUAAAGCUCAGUUGGCUGGAAAAGCAGCCAAUGGUGAUGCUAUGCCUCUCGGACAAGAGUUUGAUGGAGGAAAUACAGUUCCAAAUGUUGGUAUUCCUCUACAACAACGCCUCCACGAUGAACUCUGAAAGCUUAUUUAGAUGUGCUUAAGUUCCUUAUACUCGCACUGUAUCAAAAGGACUAGUUGCUUGUUACAUUGAGUUCAUGAAUGUAUAAUUACUAUAUCAUGUAGGAAUGUUCUCCCUAGACGUUUAGGGUCUGCUCUCUCAAUUUCUGAAACAGAGUGAGAAAUUGCAAAAUCUCAGCUCUUAUUUCAUAUGUACACAAAAGAACACUCUUGUUGAAGGAACUUGUCAUUGUUAGUCAAAAUCUUUCUGUAACAAUUCAA